AUGGAGAGUGCUGAGAAACAACACUCGUUUGAAGCAGCGGCGCAAUUGAAAUCCACAGAUGCGGAAAAGGACGAUGUGAAGACUAGUGUGUUUGCUCCGGAAAUGACAGAUGCUACUGGAGAUAUGAAGAAGGAAGGUGUGAAGUCAACUGUUUCAGCUCCCGAAAUGACAGAUGCUACUGGAGAUAUGAAGAAGGAAGGUAUGAAGUCGAGUGCUUUAGCUCCCGAAUUGACAGAUACUCCUGCAGAUGAGAAGAAGGAAGCUGCGAGGUCGAGUGAUUCAGCUCCUGAAAAGACAGAUACUGAUGUGGGGCCAGCAGCUGAGAAGUCAAAUGUUGUCCCCGAAAGGACAGAUGCGGCAGAUGUGAAGAAGGAAGCGAAGGAAGCUGUAAAGCCGAGUCCUUUACCUUCAGAAAAGGCAAAGACUCCGGAUGUGAAGAAGGGGGCUGCAGAUUUGACUCCCAGUCGGAAGCCCAAUUGCCACAGCCAGGCAAAGAAGCGGAUUAUGCAAAACCUGAAGGGCCUGAAGCUAGAAAAAGCGCAGUUCCCGACGAAGAUCCUCCGCUGCCUCCGCCUGCUGGGCCACCACCACUUGACGCUCCAGUUGGCAAGUCUGCUGGCAAGGGAGGGCGAGGGCGAGGAGAAGGAAGCCCUCAUGAAGCAAAGAGCAGCAGCUGAGACCAGCAGAGCACAGGAGUACGAUCCUGCCAAGCCCAACGACUACGAUGAGUUCUGUCGUCGCAGGUGCGUCGUCAAAGAGCUGUCUGGCAAAUCCGACGACGAGGCCGUUCGGAUAUUUUUGGAGUACGAGGACGUUGCGGCUGCUACAAAGGCUUUUGCGGACCUCAACGGCCGAUACUUCGGAGGGAGGACGGUACGAGCCCGCUUCUUUGACGAGAAGCUCUUCGCGCAGGACCGAUGA